AUGGCUGUGUCGGCCGAAAUUCAGAUCCGCCGCCCCAAAGGCGGCGCCGCGGCCCCCGCUUCACGCCGCGGAUGGACCCUCUCCUCCUUGCUGCGGGAAGCCGCGCGGCAGCUGCUGCCCGAGCCUCGCCCCGCGCCCGCGGCCUACGAGCACCCGAGCCAGUACACGCGCGCCUGCCGCGGCGUCUGCUACUCCGAUGGCAUGUACCCCGGCUACCGCCCCACCCUGUUCACGAGGAUCUUCGCGGGGGCCACCCUGGGGGUGUACCUCGCGGUGCCUUACAUAAUCGGCCUCAUCGCCCUCGCCGCGGUCUGGAGCGCGUGGGCGCGCGGCGCCGCGGCGCUGGUGCUGGCAACGUACCUGCUGCCGCUGGGGCCGGUGAUGGUGCGGCGCGUGCUGGAUGCUUAUGUGUUCCUGGCGUGGCGGCGCUACUUCCGGUUCAGCUUUGUGUUCGACGAGCCCCUCGACGCCUACAAGGAUUACAUCAUUGCGCAAUUCCCGCACGGCGCGUUCCCGCUAGAGAUGUACCUGCAGCACCCCGACUUUGAGCGCGUGAAGCUGCUCGGCCGCAAGGGCUUCGUGCGCGUCGCGGUGGAGCACGGCGCCGACAUCCUGCCGGUCUUCAUGUUUGGGGUGUCACAGAUGAUGUCGUUCGGCCCCCCCUGGCUGAUGGUCAUCGGGCGGCGGCUCCGCAUGUCGGUGGGGCUGCUGUACGGCCUCUGGGGCACGCCCGUCCCGCGGCCGCGGCGCAUGCGGAUGGCGGUCGGGCCGCCGGUGCGCGUCGGGCCUCCAUUGGCGCGGGGGACCCCGGAGUUUGAGGCGCGGGUCGACGCAGUGCAUGCGGAGGUGGUGGAGGGCCUGCGGGCGGUGUACUACCGCCACCGCGAGGCGUACGGCUGGGGGGACCGCGAGCUGCUGAUCGUGUGA